AUGGCAAGUAAUUACCAUUUUGCCACUCUCCUUAUCUCCCUCCUCACAAUCUCUGUUUUCCAAACAUCUUUCAGUGCACUCGUUAAAGAGCAGCCGCUAGUCCUCAAAUACCACAACGGCGCCCUUCUCCGAGGUCCGGUCACCGUUAAUCUUGUUUGGUACGGCAAGUUUACACCCACCCAACGCUCCAUAAUCGUCGACUUCUUACAGUCUCUGAACACCGUCAAGGGGACACGAAAGGCAGCGACGCCGCUUCCUUCCGUCUCCUCAUGGUGGAAAACCACCGAGAAGUACCAUAACGGAUCCUCUGUUACCGUUGUCGGAAAACAAAUCCUCGAUGAGAACUACUCACUCGGGAAGCUUCUCAAGAACUACCAUAUCCAAUACCUUGCCACCAAAGUCGCUCAACCAAACUCCCUCAACGUCGUGUUAACUGCCAAAGAGGUUGGUGUCGAAGGGUUUUGUAUGAGCCGAUGUGGUACUCACGGGUCGACUAAAGCGAAGCCGAGGGUGGCGUAUGCGUGGGUCGGGAAUUCGGAAACACAGUGCGCCGGUCAGUGUGCUUGGCCGUUUCAUCAACCGAUUUACGGCCCACAGUCGCCGCCGUUGGUUUCUCCCAACGGCGAUGUUGGGGUCGACGGAAUGGUGAUCAACUUAGCGACGGUGUUAGCCGGAGCUGUCACCAACCCGUUUAACCAAGGUUACUUUCAGGGUCCGGCGACUGCGCCGUUGGAAGCGGUGUCGGCUUGUACUGGAAUGUUCGGGUCGGGUUCUUAUCCGGGUUACCCGGGUGAUGUUUUAGUGGAUAAGAGUACGGGUGCGAGCUACAAUGCGCACGGGUUAAAUGGACGAAAGUACUUGGUCCCAGCUAUGUGGGACCCUAAAACCUCUGCGUGUACUACACUAGUCUAA